GUCCAGACUACCCAUAUCCAUUCUCCCCUCUAUCUGCAUCAUCGGCCAUGGGAGUCUUUUCCAUUCUCCCCGAAAGUCUGCAGACGGUCGAGCUCUGGAUCAGUCGAUGUGCACUGAUGUUCGCGCUCCUGGUAAUCGGGCCGUGGCUGGCCUUUAUCCUCUACGACAUUCUGCUCUACAUCUGGCGCACCGCAACCUGGCGGAUCCCAUAUAUCGGCGGUCGAGCACGUGGAAAGCAGCGACCGCGAGCACCGUCUCUCACUGCCCGUCCUAGUGGACACAAGCGGCAACUCAGCUUCAUCUCGCAGAAUUCACCUCGUGCGCCCUCGAAAUUACGAGAGUGAGAUGGAAGUACCGCCGACCAUCAGCCUCCAUCGGCAUCUCCUGGAAAUCAUCAUCGUCGGUACUGUGCACGACGACGACCUCCACCAGAUGACUGAGAUGCUCCGGUCACGCUCGCGAGAUGGCGGCAACGCACAGUCACACAUGGUCGCCUUCUUCUCCCAAGGAUGAACAUUGUCUCCAGCUGAUCGGGGAACGCUGGUAAUGGUCGAGUACUGUACGGUACUGCACGAGACAGCGCUCUUGGGAACAGCGCGGCAAUAGCGUGGCAACGACCUGGCUGGGACGUCCAUUGUCUCGAACAUACCUUGUUGUCUCCGAGUCUCCUCCUCCUCC